AGCCGCAUCCAGCAGCAGCAGCUUCCGAGGAAGGAGCGCACGGACCCAUUUGGCCAUAUUGUGCAGCAGCUCUCCGCAAAUCGGCUGCGUCACACCUAAAAAAGCACGUACACACUCACACACACUCAUAUACACAUUGAGCAGUAGUGGAGCGAUAAAGGCAGCACAUCCGGAAGAAACUGUGACCGAGAAGGCGACUCCACAGAUCUGGUUGGUGCUUUUUCUCCGGGUUCUGAAAAUGGUGAAACUGGGGAAUAAUUUCAGCGAGAAGAACAACGGGAAGGUGGUUUCUGAAGACGGGUUCGACACCAUCCCUCUCAUCACCCCACUAGAUGCCAGCCAGCUGCAGUUUCCUGCACCAGAUAAGGUGGUGGUGAAGACAAAGGCAGACUAUGACAGCGACAGCAAGAAAGGGAAGCUACGGUCUCCCAAGAUCGCAGAGUUCUCCAUCAGCAUCAUCGAAGGCGUCUCCGAGCGACUCAAAGUGACCUUGCUGGUGAUCUGUGCCCUGGCCUUCCUGGUGUGUGUGGUGUUCCUGGUCGUCUACAAGGUCUACCAGUACGAGCAGCCGUGCCCCGACAGCUUCGUCUACACGCAAGGACGCUGCAUGCCGGCUGGGAUGUACGGCAACUUCCCCCCCCAGGGCCCUGGGGGCCGCGGACGCCUCUUUACCCUCAUCAACCACUACAACAUAGCCAAGCAGACCAUCACUCGGUCAGUAUCGCCGUGGAUGACCAUCAUGUCUGAGGAGAAGGUCACCCAGCAGGAGACGGAGACUGCUCAGAAGCUGGCUUAACCAACCUGGGCUCAGGAGGUGGGCUCACCUGCUGUAGGAAAAAUAAAUAAUACGGUUGUGCCAUUCAAGCAAACCUCGGAGUGUCACGGCUUUUUGUAGGGCGAAAAAAAUAUCAACUUCUCGUUCCUGAGGUGCUGUGCUGCCUCAUUGGUGUAGUUUGGUCAGGGGACGUGUAGCAGGAAGUCUGUGGAACUGUCGAAUGGGUUUUUCGGCAAAGUGAGUCUUACAGUCGGGCGGACUCGCGGUUUGUUUGAAUAGUAUAUGUUGUUAUUUAUUUACACUACAAAACAAGAGUGGCAUACGUGUAGAAAAAAGCCACAGAAACACUGACACACACACAAACACACACUCACUGUCUUUGUACAUUUACACAUAUGUAAGAGAACUCACUUUAGUACUCAGAUUGUGAAAUGACUGUGAACCAUCUUGUGUCUGCGUCGCUUGUAUUCACGCACAUGCACGCACGACUCUAAUAAUAAUAAUACAGUUUGGCUUCCUUUUCAGUUACAUCAUGUACUGAUAGCGCAUGUCAGACCUGUUGCGGUCCAGUAAGUUUGCCGCAUAUCUGCCGCUGAGGUCAUAGUUUUACUGUCAGGAUAUUGUGAAUACAUGAGGGUUGAACUGGAAGAAAACUGUAAACCAGCGAAAAAAACAAACAUUUUAAGUGUUAUUUAAUUCAGGCCAUUCUGCUCUCUGCAUAUAGUGCUGUUAAGGAGUUUAUAGUAUUUGAAGCAUCGUCUUUUUAACCAGCAUCAAUGAUUGUCUCCAUUCAUCUGAACUGUUUGUGAUCACCAUGUGCUUUUCUUUGCUGCAGGCUACACAUUAUUUAAAGGUUACGUUUCAUAGCAUACAUUUUAUGCUACUCUAUUGAAUGUUUUUGCAUUGCUAGAUAAGACACUGUAUUGUGCAAUGCUUCGCAUUGAUUCAUGUCACCGCUGAUGGCUGGUGGUAGCUGUCACAGACACUAGACUUAGGUUGAUGUAGUGGAACAAUCCGACAGUAGUUGCUUGUCCUGUUGCUUUCCCCCUGUAUUUGUCAUUUGACUAAAACUGUCACAGAUUCUGUACUUUUUUCAAACAAUGUAAUGAUUACCAUUGAAGUGCAUUUGCUACAUAAAAAUGUUAAAUUGAAAUAAAAGUGCCCACAUUUCCCACCAAUGGUCAAGUGGAAUCCAUGUGAGUAAAAGAGAA